UCUUCGAACGAACCCAUUACGAAGGGUCUCUUUCAGGUCAGCGGAAACUUACGCGAGGAAACAAAUAUGGCGGGCAACAACAGAGGGAAGACGGUUGUCGAACUGUCAUCCUUACCGCUGCAAAUAUUUCUCUUUCUCAACAUUUGGUAUGUUAUGGUGUUUUGUGUUGCAGAACUCUUGCUCUAUGUUUAUAAAGGUAUUCUAUUGCCUUAUCCUGACACAGCAAAGACCUUGACUAUUGAGAUUAUCAUCAUCUUUCUUCUGGCUUUCAUAGAGGGUGUUAGAAUCUUUUUAGGUUAUAAAGGUAACUUAGCAGAACGUACCAUGGCGCUCAUAUUUUCUGUGGUGCUUGGCAUUCCUGUCCUUUUCAUUGACUUAUUCAUCUUGCUUUGGCAAACAUAUGUUUUAAGGAUAGAGGUGGUGCUGGUCAGUGUUGCCUUGGCAUUUCUUGGUUUUGAGAUCAUUUUCAGUUUUGCUGCCAUUUUCACUUUCAAGAGACACCAGACUAUGCUGAGGUGAUGUUUGCAAUUUUUCCAACAACGAGUUGUUAAAGUCAAGAAAUCUUCUACAUUGGACUUAGAACUUCAUCAGUGAUUAAUGUGUUUUUCCUUUCUCGUGGCGCAGUUGUGAAUUCCAACCCUUGGCUACCGCGAUGGGUAUCUUUGUGUUCAACCGUUUGCCCCCCACCCCCUCCCCCACGGGUGACUACCUUCUAAUUUCUCGUUACAAUACCGGUAUCACCCCUGGAUCGAUCAGGAUGGUCAAAAGAAAAGAGGAAAUGAUACCAACUAAAGCAGCUUGCGAUUGUUAAACAAAUUCUUCUUGUCAUCACCCUAUGAAAUGUGUAGAGAACGGUGUGGAGUACAUGCAUACUGAAGGUCGGGUGUAACAGGUUAAACUGCUGCUGGUGCAGCAAAAAAAAAAAAAUGGCUUAGUGGCUUUGGUAAAUUCGCGUUAAUUUAGGAUGCGUAGAUUUUUUGUUAGCUUUAUUUCCACGUCAUAAACUGUCUCUCCAAUCCCUGAUACCUUUAUUUCCUUCAUUUUAAUUUCACAUUUUCAAUACUUUUUGGAAAUUUUUGAGAACUAAGUUAUUUAUAUCGCGUACUACUGUACUUUCAUUAGUUACCGUAGCAGUGUAAAGAUCGCUCGAAGUGGCAGGAUUUUUUCAUGUCUAGGGAAAAUUUAAAAUACAUUAACCUGGAACUACGUUGCGGAUUUGAAAUCUAAGUAUGGAAAUAAAGUUGUUUCUGUUUUACUGACAA